AGUUUGAUUUUAUUUAUUUAUAUACCAAUGGAAAGAUAACGUGUAUCAUCACCUCUAAUUAAAGAAAAACAACUCUAUGAUAUAUAUAUAUAGCUUAAACAUUGUACAUAAUACAUUCUAAGUAUACCCCUCUCAAUAAAUACUUAAAUUCAUCUGUGACGUCACAGCCUCAUAUUGUUGCUAUUUUAAGUGGUUUUUAAGUGUGUACACAGCUUUCAGAACAAUAUUAAUAAAAGAAAUAUCAACAUAAUCCUUGUAUCAGUUCUGAUGAUUGAUGACAAGUCUGUUGUUAGGGAGGAUGUUUGAAGUUGUCUGUCUGCGCGUACUUUUACGUUUGUACUAUUCUGAAGCGUGUUAUGUGAAACUGGGCCGAGUUGUGGGUGUCUGCCACGGCGUCUGAUCUGUCUUGACCUUCGCUGCUUAUCGUGCUGCGCUUCGGAGUAAAUGUUCUUAAGAGUUGACGUAAUCUGAAUUCCCCGAAUGCAAGUUUAAAAUUAUCGUCGUAAGUGGUUUGUUACGGAACGUGGCUGAUACAUCUGCCGUUUCGAGUGCCCGAGAUAGUUUUAUAAUUGUGUGAUUUGAGUGGAAAUGGGAUUUUCUUCGAUUGUUAGCAGAAAUUAUUAGUUUGCUCUGAAUGAAAAAUGUGCUUUUGAAUUCUAAAACUUGGCUUUUUCAAAUUAAAUCUGUGAUAAAAUUCGGUAUGUACGACCGUAAUCUAAAUGUGGAAGUUUCUAAGAAAUGUAAUGAAGAAAAUUACACGGAAAACAGUUUUUGUAUCAAGAAAACUGCUCGAGAGAAAAAUGACAGCAAAGUAAAAUGUAAUAACAAAUCAGUAUUUAAAUGUUUCUCAACUCAGGGUAGCGUUUUUUGUUUUGUGCUCAAUUUUUUCAAAAUAUUUAUUAUGCCUUGGUCUAUGCGAUAUAAAUCCUUCUUCCUUGGGAUUGUUGUCACUUCCAUUACGUGGUCUGUGAUUCUCUAUCUGUAUUUCAAUCUGCUGAGUAAUUCCAAUCAUUAUUAUACCUCUCCCGAAAAAACUGUGCGCUGGAAACUCAGGCCGAGACUGAAUGCUGCUCAUCAAGCUAAUGAUGAAAUACCUUACAAAACUGUAGCUGGAAAGAAACUUUCAGACAAUCUGCUGCAUCGCUUCCCACCUAAAGAAAUUAAUCUUAUUAAUAGUAAUGAAGUUGAGGAUAAUAAGCAGCUUGAACAGUAUGGUAUCAGCAAUAACGAUGUGAUGAAGCAUUUAUUCUUCAAUGAUAGUGACUUAGAAAGGUUCGGAGAAAUAAGAAAUCCUAUCGAUCAGAAAGUUAAAGAUGAAGGUUACAAACGUCAUGCUUUCAAUCUUCUAAUUAGUAAUCGACUUGGCUAUCACAGGCACUUGCCUGAUACUAGGAAUUCUUUGUGUAAAAGCCAAGUUUAUUCUAAAGAUCUACCAAAAGCUAGUAUUGUGAUCUGCUUUUAUAAUGAAGCAUGGUCUACAUUAUUACGAACUGUUUACUCCAUUUUUGAUCAUACUCCGUCGUAUCUCAUACAUGAAAUUAUAUUAGUGGAUGAUUACAGUGAUAAUGGUGAACUAAAGAAUUUGACAACGUUCAUUAAAAAUAACUCAUUGACUAAAGUUAGUGUACUGCGCACUCCAGAGAGAGCUGGAUUGAUUCGUGCUCGCAUGUUUGGAGCUCGUCAUGCCACUGGAGAGACUUUGUUAUUCCUAGACAGUCAUUGUGAAGUGAAUGUCGGCUGGAUCGAACCUCUUCUGGAACGUAUUAAAACAAAUAGAACUACAGUUGUCUGCCCUGUUAUUGACAUCAUUAAUGCAGAUACUUUUCAAUAUAGUGGUUCUCCAAUUGUUCGCGGUGGCUUUAAUUGGGGUCUUCAUUUUAAAUGGGACUCUGUACCUUCGAGUCUGCUUAAAAUGGAUAUUGAUUUUAUUAAACCUAUCAAAUCGCCUACAAUGGCAGGAGGAUUGUUUGCUAUAGAUAGGAAAUAUUUCCAUAAUUUAGGAGAAUAUGACGAAGGAAUGGACAUUUGGGGAGGUGAAAAUCUCGAAAUUUCCUUUAGGAUUUGGAUGUGUGGUGGAAGAUUAGAAAUUGUUCCUUGUUCGCGUGUUGGACAUGUCUUCCGUAGAAGAAGGCCUUACGGUUCUCCUACCGGUGAAGACACCAUGAUGCGUAAUUCAUUACGUGUUGCUCACGUUUGGAUGGAUGAGUAUAAAAAAUAUUACUUUCAAACAAGACCAGAUGCAAUGAAUAGAGAAUAUGGAGAUAUUUCUGAAAGGAUGAAGCUUCGGAAAAAAUUAAAUUGUAGAAAUUUCGACUGGUAUAUGAAAAAUAUUUAUCCCGAUUUACCACCUCCUUUACCAAAAUCAGAGAAAUCUAAAUUAAAGAAGUGGGAACUUUCAAAACAAAAUAAACAAGUUCAAGCAUCUUAUAGGAGAAUUAUGCCUAAAGUUAAGGCUGUGUAUCAGAUUCAGUUGCAGAAUACUGAUUUAUGUGUAGAAUCAGAAGAUUAUGUGACAACAAAAGGGUCUCUUUUAAUUCUUCAGAAAUGUUUGCAAAUAAAGAGACAGCUUUGGUAUGAAACAAAGAAGCGUGAUCUGAGGCUAGCAGAAUUAUUGUGUCUCGAUGCAAGAGAGAAAUAUCCUCGUCUGGCAAAAUGUCAUGAAACGGGAGGAUCACAAGAGUGGAAGAUUUCAAAUAAAGAGGAUAUAUUAAUUUAUAAUGCAGCAGCUGGACUGUGCCUGGGUGUUAAUUCACCCGUUUCUGGUCAGCACAUUACCAUGGAGAUGUGUAAUUCAAAACAGGCAAGGAAAUGGAAUUUAAUAAUGAAAGAUGUUGAAAAAUAAAAUAAAAUGUAUUAUUUUGUUAAAUUUUUUUAAAAAUAUAUUUUGCUACAUGAAUAUUUGAAAGAGAGCAUACUACAAUGUUUAAAUUGUAAGGGAAUGUGAUCAUUGUUUAUUUAAUUGAAAUGAAAAGUUUUUUUAUAUUAUUAAACGGUCGUGCAGUGAUUUCAAUGUAGACAAUUAACCAAAUCCAGUAUUAUGUGAAAUCUGCCUUAAGCAAUAACUUAAAAACUGCAUUAUCACAUAAAUCUUCCAUUAUUAUGGUAUAAUUGAGCUAUAUAUAUGUAUAAAUUUACUGAAAAUUCUUUUAAAAAAAAUUGUACAUAAGAUAUAUUAACUCGUGUAAUUCUGUUCUGACAUACAAUACCAUUAUAGUCUUAGAUGAUCUAUAUUUAGCCUUCCAACACUUUCAUCAGUGCUCUGCAAUUAUACACCAAUAAAUAUUAAACCGUUGUUCAUAAAGAGAAUUUGUUGAAUAAUUUACAAGAAGAGACGAGUAAAUGACUAUUGCGCUUCGAUUCUGUUACGAGGUUGGAAACGUCGACACGUAACGAGGAGCUCGUGUUCUUUUAUCGAAAUCUCCCAUCAGAAUUUCAUGUAAAUUUGUAAUUGAGUGUGAAAUAUCGUUUACUAUUGUAUUGCUUUUUAUAUGUUAAAUUAUUCAUUUUUUUGUUAUAUGAAAGUCAAAUAUGUAGAUUUGAACAUUAUAAGAACCGACUUUUGUUAAUAAAUGUAGAAAAAGCUAAUUAUUUUUCUAUCAUUGAAUUAAAAACAUUGUUUUGUAAUACAUAGAUGCAUGUAAAAGAACUUUAUACAAUUGCAAAAGAUCUAGACAAUGUUUUAAAAGGAUCUGGACUUUUUCAUGUUUUGGGUGUUCCGAUCAAGUUCAUGCAUGUUACCGAUUGAUAGAAUUGACCAUUUAGACCAUAUAGAAAUUAUUAAAUUGCCUAUAAAUCCAAUUCUUUAAUAAUUAUAAAUUACUAUACUGAGAUUUAGAAUAAUUACAAGAUUUUUAAAGUUGGAAAUGUACUGUAUACCUGGUAUAAUGUAGCUUGAUACAGCAUGAAAUUGCGUAUGUGGUCAAGAGAAGGUUGGAUGGCCGAGUUGGUGAGAUGUUGCCCUACUGAUCUAGGGAUUUAAGAACAAUCUUGAUUGGCCGAAAAAUCCCGGGAAUUUUUUGGGUGGGUCCGACUCAGUUAUUUUCAGUCCUCUUCCUUGCCACUUGGCUGCCCCACUAUGGAUCUAGCCGAACCCAAGAUGGGCUUAAUUAUUUUAUUCAUAUAAAAAGAUUGAACAAAGUAUUUACUUGAAAAUGUGCUUUAUUGAAUGACUUAAACACAAAUAAAUAAAUCCAAAAUAUGAAUUCUUCAGAGCCUCAAGAUCGUAAAUUCU